AUGGGAAGUGUGGGAUGUAUCUCUGCAUCAGAUGGCACCGUAGUUGAAGAGAUCCAGGCAGCGGUGUCUUCUCAACAUCCUCAUCACUAUUCUUUAAAGCCUCUCAAUAUAGUUCCAUCUGGAAUUGGCCCCACAAGCGUCCACGAAUUGCUGGAAUGCCCUGUUUGCACCAACUCCAUGUACCCCCCAAUUCAUCAGUGUCACAAUGGGCACACACUUUGUUCUACCUGUAAGACGCGGGUGCAUAAUCGAUGUCCUACAUGCAGACAAGAGCUUGGGGAUAUUAGGUGUUUGGCGCUAGAGAAGGUUGCAGAGUCGCUCGAGUUACCCUGCAAGUACUUUUCUUUGGGAUGUCCAGAAAUAUUUCCCUAUUACAGCAAACUUAAACACGAGGGAGUUUGCAAUUUUAGACCAUACAAUUGUCCAUAUGCUGGGUCAGAGUGCUCAGUUACGGGGGACAUUCCUUGUCUAGUUACCCACUUGCGAGACGACCAUAAAGUGGACAUGCAUACGGGAUGUACCUUUAAUCAUCGCUAUGUAAAGUCAAAUCCUCGUGAAGUAGAAAAUGCCACCUGGAUGCUAACAGUAUUCCAUUGUUUCGGUAAAUAUUUCUGCCUUCACUUCGAAGCGUUCCAGCUUGGCAUGGCCCCUGUCUACAUGGCAUUUCUGCGUUUCAUGGGCGAUGAGAAUGAAUCCCGCAACUACAGCUACAGUUUGGAGGUGGGCGCAAAUGGCAGAAAGCUCAUAUGGGAAGGUACUCCCCGGAGCAUUCGAGAUAGCCACCGCAAGGUCCGGGACAGCCACGACGGCCUUAUUAUACAACGGAAUAUGGCUCUUUUCUUUUCUGGUGGGGAUAGGAAGGAGCUUAAGCUUAGAGUUACUGGGAGAAUAUGGAAGGAACAGCAAAAUCCAGAUUCCGGGGGAUCGUAUCCGAAUCUUGAUCCUCUGCAUUGGUUUUCCGUUUGCCGUUCACUAAUUACAGGGUGUUGGUAUGCAUGA